CACAGCGUUCCGAUUGGGUCAGCGUAGGAGCUUCAAGAUGGCGGCGGCAGACACCUGCGGCGCGAGUACCCUCAGCUCCGGGUCUGUGGCUUCCGAGGCCGGCCAGAGCGGUACCUCUAGCUUCCAGAGGAGGGGCAAGGCCUCUGGAGGGCCCGGAGGGGGCCCUCGGCUGCUGUCCAUUGCGGGCACGCGACCGUCGGUGCGGAAUGGACAACUGCUGGUGUCAACCGGGCUCCCAGCCCUGGACCAGCUCUUAGGUGGAGGGUUAGCUGUUGGAACACUUCUUCUGAUUGAAGAGGAUAAAUAUAAUAUCUAUUCGCCUUUGCUCUUCAAGUAUUUCAUGGCAGAAGGAAUCAUCAAUGGGCAUACUCUGUUGGUUGCAUCUGCCAAAGAAAGUCCUGCCAACAUUUUACAGGAACUCCCUGCACCACUACUUGAUGAUAAUGGUAAAAAGGAGCUUGAAGAUGUACAUAGUGCUAAAACCCCAGAGCUGGAUGUUAACAUGAAGAUAGCCUGGCGGUACCAGUUACAACCCAAGAUGGAGCAGGUUGGACCGGUCUCAUCGUCACGAUUUGGUCACUAUUAUGAUGUAUCAAAAAGGAUUCCUCGGGAGCUACUAGAGAGUUCAAAAUGGCACGGAUUCUUCCUUCCAGAACACAUACCUUCAGGUUUUAAAGGAGAAUCCUGUUUUUUGUCCUGUGGCUACAUGAAGCUGCUUCAGUUCAUUCAGAACAGCAUUUAUACUGAAGGAUUUGAUGGAGCUAAUCCCCAGAAAAAACAGAAAAACAUAUUAAGAAUAGGAAUUCAGAACCUUGGCUCACCCUUAUGGGGAGAUGACAUUUGCUGUAAAGAAAACUGUGACAACAAUCACAGGCUCACCAAGUUCCUCUACGUUCUCCGUGGUCUUCUAAGAUCCUCACUAUCAGCCUGCAUCAUCACAAUGCCAGCACAUCUUAUCCAGAAUAAAGCAAUUACUACUCGUGUGAGAAAUUUGUCAGAUACAGUGGUUGGUCUGGAAUCUUUUAUUGGUUCAGAGAGAGAGACCAACCCAUUGAUUAAGGAUUAUCAUGGUUUGAUCCAUGUACGGAAGAUUCCUCGGCUUAAUAACUUGACUUGUGAUGAAUCGGAUGUCAAAGACUUAGCUUUUAAGUUAAAAAGGAAGCUGUUCACCAUUGAGGUUCUGUGUACUCUGAAAAUCAUGGCACACUGGCUUACACUGAGACUGAACGGUCCCAAGGACUCACUAUGAAAAUAAGCACUGCCAGUUAUUGGUUCUGUAAGUCCAGGAAGUAAUUCCUCUCUGCCUCGGUUUCCUCACCACUUAGAUGGCAAUAAAGAGAACUGUUGUGAAGAUUAGAUAAGGUAUUCUGUAUGACAGACUUGACACAAGGCUGAUCUGUGUGGUGGUUGUAGUGUUUCACACAGACUAGGAGGCAUUGUUCUACCUUUGGAAAUUUGGUGGUAUAAUCAUCAACAGGCAGAGAUCUCUCUAUGGUCUACAUAACAGGCAGAUACUGAUGGGUCCUAUGAAAUGGGAUCAAAAUAAUGCUUCUUUCAUAGAAGGAAAAGAUGGUUCUACACAUACGCAUAUGAGCUGUCUCAGACUUCAGAACCAUCCUUGCAGUUUGCCACUUUCUUCUCAUCAAAGAGAUCUGAGACUCAGAGAAAAAGUCCUGUGCACAAGAGUAAAUGGCUUUUAGGUGCCAGUGCCAGGAUUCAGUCCAAGGAGUAACAACAAUUGCUCCCACUCUCUGAUAGCUGAACUGCCAGUAUUCAGAACUUAGUGGUUUCUUAUUCAUGAUGUAAGGCAAAUUAAGAGAGCAGAGGGCAUUCUAGUACAUCUCUUUUGAGACUGCACAAAAUAGAGGCUCAAACACUGUUUAUGCAACAGCCAGUGGAAUUCUCCAUUUCUCUAAAAUACAUAUAUUUACUACUGCAGUACUGCCAAGCUCUCUUUGUACUGAAACCUAGGUUUCUGUUUUGUGAAAAAGUAAAUAGCACUCUGUAGGUAAAGUGCUUGCCAUGCAAGCUUGAACGCCUGAGUUCUGGUCCCUGUCACCCACUGUCUUAGUUGCUUGUCAUUGCUGUGAUAAAGCACAAAAAAGCAACUUAAAAAAAGAAGGGUUUAUUUUGGCUCACAGUUCCAAAGUAUAGUCUAUCAAGGAAAGCCCUUAAGAUAACUGGUCACAUUGCAUCCACCAUCAGGAAACAGAAGGAAACUUGUGCUCAGCUCAUUCUGUCCUCUUUAUACAAUCCAGGAUGCCGACCCAGAGAGAGUUGCCACCUACAGUAGCCUGGUCCUACCAUUAAAUGAAUCAAGGUAAUUUCUUUUGGCAUGUCUAAAGCCCAUCUCCCAGGAGAUUCUAGAAUUCAUCAAGUUGACAUAUUUAACUAUUAUAAUCCCCUCUACCCUUGCAAGCCUCAGAACUUGAGUUCUAAUUCCUAACACCCACAUGAAAAGCUGAAUACAGUACAUGUCUGUAAUCCUAGUGCUGUGAAGAUAGAAGCAGAAGGACUUCUGAGGGUUGCCCACCAGUGAUUUUAGCCAAGGGUUGCCCACCAGUGAAUUUAGCCAAUUAACAAGUUCCAGGUUCAAUGAGAGACAUUGUCUCAAAUAAAUAAAUAAAUAAAUAAAUAAAUAAAUAAAUAAAUAAGAUAGCUAAGUGACUGAGGAAGAUUAUUGGUAUCAGCCUCUGGCCUCCACAUGUACUCCCACACAUGGGUAAACAAACACACAGAGAGGGGGAUAAGUGGAUAAAAAAAUAUAUUUCAUGGAUGAGAUAGAGUUACCCUAAUUAUAGCGAUAUCAUCUUUUUAAAAUUGCAUUCUUUAUUUGUGGGGGAGCAUAUGUAACAUGGAUAAAGGAUGUGGACAUCAGAGGACAAUUACAGGAAUCAGUUCUCUCCUUUUACUGUGUGGGUCACAGGAAUUGAUCUCAGAUCCUCAGGUUGGGCCAGAUGCACCUCCACCUACUCUGCUAUCUCACAAGCCCACUUGAAUUAUCCUAUAUUGAGUAGAUUACAAUGUCUUCAUUAAUUUAAACAAAAACAUCCUUUUAUUGCUUUGAAGAAAUUGUUGGCCCUGAAUUUCCUCCCUUUGUCCAAAAACAAUAAAUGUCAUUUCUGGUAAUAAGUUGUUUAAAAAUAGGACAGUUAUAUGCAUAGUUAUUUGUCACUCAAGACAAUAACAAAAUUUGCAAAGCACUGACACCAUAUGGGACUCCUCACAUGGAAUGGAAUUGCUAGGCACUGUACAGUGGAUCAUUUUUUCAAGCUGAUGCACACACAGGUAUAUAAAAGUGCUGUUGUCCUUUGACUUGAGCAAAUACAUUCCCUGUAUUCAUCUUCCUAAAGUCAGUCAUGCAAAACUAUCUCCCAUGUCAUCCAUCCGUCCUCUAGUGGCGCCUCCUCAAGCUCCUCAUUCAGGCAGGAACUUAUGCUAUGUUGAUGUCUUUGUUGCUUUCCUCCUGGUAUAGAGCAGAAGGUGCUUCAACUGCCUAGUGGUGUGACCUAGUUGUGUGAACUAGAAAUGUUACCUGACUUCUCUGUGCCUCUCCCUUUAUUCCCGGCCGUGUGGUCAGCCACUGUACCAGUUGUUUUGGGUCCAGCUUUACUUACCUUCAUGUCAAUGUAAGGAGGAGUCCAAACAGUCUAAGAAACUGUAUCAGUAUCACAUGGCUACUCAAUAGCAAAGCUAGAAUUUAGAUCAUUUUGUUAUAAAACUUUGGCCUCAUGUACCCAUCCCUGAAGGAUACUCCUCUUACCCACACUGUCUAAAGUGGUUUUCGAAUUGUGGGAUGUGACCCCUUUAGAAUCCCAUGACCCUUUACAGGGGUCGCUUAAGACCAUCAGAAAACAUAGGUAUUUACAUUAUGAUUCAUAACAGAAACAAAAUUACUAUUAUGACAUAGCAACAAAAAUAAUUUAUGGUUGGGGUUACCACAAUUAAAGGGUCACAUCAUUAGGAAGAUUGAGGACCACUGGCCCAGAACAUUGAUUCAAAGGGUCUCAUACUCUGCUUUAUGCUAACAACUCUAUCAUCAGCUAACUGCUCUUGCAGGUUAGAAGGUGUAAGGUCCUUCAGAAGAGUUGUCAACCUCUCUUCUUCCUCAGCAUACCUAAGAAAGAAACCUGUACACCAGUAGUCUAAUGUGUGUUUUCAAGACUGGGGUGAUAACAAAUAGGCAUGAUUCAGAAACUCCCAGUCAGUGAUCACCACACCUCUUUCUUCAGAUGUGCUGGGCAGGCUCAGUUCUAAGCACAUUAACUGUGGGCUCAUUCAGUACUCACCACAGCUCUUAGAUUAGAUGUUACAGUCUUUCUACUGAUGAAGGAACUGAGGAGUGAAGGGCAGGCACAUUGUAAAGAUGAGCCUCAUCUUUAUAUCCAGGCUUGGAAACCAUUUUGUAUGAAGACUUGGUUAAAAAUUUCAGACCUUGUGGCCAGAAAGAUAGCUCAGUGGGUAAUGACACUUGUUUGGCAUGCCUGACUGUGUGUGGUACAUGUGCCUGUGUGUGUAUGCGCACUACUUCUAUCCCAUUCAUGCCUCCUUUCGAGUGUCAUCUUUCCCUCAGGCUGCUGGACAAAUGGCCUGGUGACUUCUAGUACUUUUCACAAAUACUUUAAAAAAUGUUAUAUGGUUAACUGUUCUCAAAAACAGAGUACUUGAAACCCCUAAAUCUGUUAGGCAGGUAAGUUGUAGUACCAGGAGUUGACUUGAGAGUUCACCAGACCUUUCCCACCACUAGUUUGUUAUGUUAAAGGAGGCAAAGUUCUUUGCCUUUUUCUCAUUUGUUGUAAAAUUGGUACAAUAGUAGUGUUAGCAUCUUAAGAUCUCUGUGAAGAUGGCUAACCAUCAUACAGACCUGGUACAGCCCCUGGUACCUAGGAAAGAUCAGUCAUUACUGGUCAGGGUCAGUGACCAUAUGCCCCUGUUAAUGAACUUAGUAGCUCUUUUCUUACAUACUUGGUUGUUUG